AUGGAUCGUCUGUUACUCUCUGCCUCUGUACUCACACUUCUCAUCCUCCCUUUCUUCUCAGAAGUGAACUCUGCCUCUUUCAAGCUAGUGAACAAGUGUCGGUACGAAGUAUGGCCCGGUGUGCUUUCCGGCGCGAACACGGCUCCGCUCUCCCCAACCGGCUUCGCGCUCAAGUCCGGCAAGUCCCGGACCCUAUCCGUGCCCAAAGCCUGGUCGGGUCGGAUCUGGGCCCGGACCCUCUGCACCGAAUACUCGCCCACCAAUUUCUCCUGCGUCACGGGCGACUGUGGCUCCGGAAAAAUUGAGUGUGCCGGCAGCGGCGCGAAGCCGCCGGCUACUUUAGCCGAGUUCACUCUCAACGGCGCCGACGGCUUGGAUUUUUAUGACGUCAGCCUGGUGGAUGGAUACAACCUGCCGAUGCUUGUGGUGCCACGUGGAGGUACAAGAGGGGGAUGCAGCGCCACGGGGUGUCUUGUGGACUUAAACGGCAAGUGUCCCAGGGCGUUGAGGGUUGCGCGCGAGGGUGGAGGCGGGAGAGUGGCGUGUAGGAGCGCGUGCGAAGCGUUUGGGGAUCCGCAGUUUUGUUGUAGUGAUGCGUAUGCUACGCCCGACACGUGUCAGCCCUCUGUGUUCUCGCUGUUUUUUAAGCAUGCUUGCCCACGCGCGUAUAGCUACGCGUAUGAUGACAAGACUAGUACUUACACAUGCGCCUCUGCGGACUACAUUAUAAUCUUCUGCCCUUUGCCUUAUACAAGGAAUUAUUUGAGCUAUGAAUGUGAUGGCCAUGUUGAAGGAUUGCUUACAGCUUAUGGCGACUCAAAAGGUGCUGGGAAUACGAAAAGAUGGGGCGGUGCUACCGCUGGUUAA